UCUAACUAACUGCUUAGAUAUCUUUCUUUUCUUCAAUAUCAACCUUUUCCAUUCUCAGUUAACAAUAUGGAUUUCUCAUCACUACUAUUACUACUUCUAAACAAUUGGAUUUCAGCUUAUUCCAUGGCUGCUCUUCUUGCCUUAGUCCUUGUCUACAAUCUCAGGAUAACCAAGUCAUCAUCUUCCAAAACCACUUCUCUGAAGGGCAAGAAGAUUAUUGCUAGGCCACCAGCAGUAACAGGCGCAUGGCCGGUUCUUGGUCACCUGCAUUUGUUUGGAUCAGGAGAGCAUCCACAUGAGAUGUUGUCAAAGUUCGCAGAAAAAUAUGGACCUGCCUUUACAAUGAAGUUCGGGAAGCACACAACACUAGUUGUGAGCGAUACCCGAGUCGUCAAAGAAUGUUUUACUACUAAUGAUACCCUCUUCUCCAACCGCCCAUCCACCAUAGCUUUCGAUCUUAUGACUUAUGCAACCGACUCCAUAGCUUUCACUCCUUAUAGUCCUUACUGGCGUGAACUCAGAAAGAUAUCCACUCUCAAACUUCUCUCUAACAACCGUCUUGAAUCGAUCAAACAACUUCGGACCUCAGAGGUGAGCGUAUGUUUUAAGGAACUAUACGAGCUAACCAACAAGAAAAGCGAUAAUGGAGAACCAGUUCCGAUAGAUUUGAAGAGAUGGUUCGAUGAGGUUUCAAACAAUGUAACUAUGAGAGUAAUCUUUGGGAAACAAAAUUUUGGAUCCAAGAUUGUACGCGGGGAAGAUCAAGAGGCAGUCCAUUAUAAAAAAAUCAUGGACGAACUUUCACGUCUUUCUAGUUUGACUAUGUUGUCGGACAUGGUUCCUUUACUUGGUUGGUUGGAUUACUUCAAAGGCGAUUUGAAGGCAAUGAAACGAAAUGGCAAGGAACUGAAUUCUAUACUCCAGAAAUGGUUGGAGGAACAUAAAAGCAAGAAAAGCUCUCAUGAUCGACAAGAUUUCAUGGAUGUUAUGUUGUCAAUUUCCAAGGAGACCCAACUCUAUGGCCACGACCAAGAUACUUUUAUUAAAGCUACUUGUCUUGCCAUGAUCAUGGGUGGAACAAACAGUACGGAAGUGGCUCUAACAUGGAUCUUGUCCUUACUUAUGAACAACAGAUACGCAUUGCAUAAGGCUCGACAGGAAAUAGACUUACUCGUUGGGAAGGAUAGACAAGUGGAAGAUUCAGAUGUCAAGAAUUUGACAUACAUGAAUGCCAUCAUUAAAGAAACAAUGCGAUUAUACCCAUUAGGUUUUCUUCUAGAACGCGAUGCCAAGGAAGACUGUGAAGUUGGCGGGUUCAACAUCGAAGGUGGUACAAGAUUACUGAUAAAUGUGUGGAAGUUACAACGAGAUCCGAACGUGUGGACAGACCCCAUGGAAUUCAAACCAGAGAGAUUUCUGACAGAGAAUGCAGACAUAGAUGUUGGUGGUCAACAUUUCGAAUUACUGCCAUUUGGUGCUGGUAGAAGGGUGUGUCCUGGUGUGUCUUUCGCGCUACAGUUCAUGCAUUUGGUUCUCGCCCGUCUUAUCCAUGGCUAUGAUAUGGAAACCAUAAAUGGUGAAGACGUUGAUUUAAGUGUUAGUAGCGAGGGACAUGUUAACAUCAAAUCAACCCCACUCGAGCUCAUCCUUACUCCUCGCCUUCACCCCAAGCUUUACGAUUGUUAAAGCCAAGUGUUCAGCUUUGAAGCUGUUUAUUAUGAUCGCUGGGUGAUUGAUACGUAUGUAGUUUUUAUCGUAAGAAACAAAAUACCAGAAAAUUUUCGAAAGCAGAUCGUGGAGUUUACGGAUUUUACUAUGCUAAAAACCAAUGAUUAUGGAACGUAAAAUACAUAGUUUUCUUCACAAAUAUAGGAUCGAGAAGAAGAUUGAUAAUUAUUAGUGAUUUUUUACGUUUGAAUCUAAAUUGAUAAUAUUCCUUGGAGUGAAGUACAGGGAAUUUACUUUA